CGAAGCGGUUUUGAAGCUGCGGCUGGCGCUGGCCGCGUGAAGCGAGGCGAUGGGGAAGACGGUCCACGACCACCUGGAGGACGUCCUGGACGACCUGACAGAGGAGGAGCUGAGGAGGUUCAAAUCCAGGCUGAACAGGACCUCGGUCCGGCAGGGCUACGAGAACAUCCCCAGAGGGAGGCUGGAGAAGGCGGGGGUCUUGGAGCUCACCGAUCUGCUGAUCAGCUUCUACACCGAGGAUUACUCCGUGGAGGUGACUGUCCAGGUGCUGGACGAGGUCAACUGCAAGGCGGAGGCCAAGAAACUCCUCGCUCUCACCGGGAAGGGUGCUGCUGUUCAGACUCCUGUGCCAGCCACCAAUGCUGCAUCAGGAAGAAAUGGGGGGCAGCCACACAUCUUGCCAGAAGAACAUUUCAUUGAUCGGCACAGGGAGGAGCUGAUCCAGCGAGUUUCCAUGGUGGAGUCAGUGCUGGAUAUAUUGUAUGGUGCUUCCAUCCUGAACGAUGAGGGAUACCAAAAAAUCUCCUCCAAGAGAACCAGCUAUGAAAAAAUGCGAGAGCUCUACAGUCUGGUCCCGAGUUGGGAUCGCUCUUGCAAGGAUAAGCUGUAUGAGGCACUCAAGGCCAAAAGUCCAUUCCUCAUUAGAGAUAUUGAAGGAAGAUGAGGCAGGAAAGGCAAAAAAGGUAUGCCAUUCCAAGGCACAGGAAAUCCAGCCAUGUGACUCCCAAGCACACAUUUUGCUCUAACUGGCAAGAUAUUAUCCUCUUGUUCUUUGGGGAAGGAAAUGCAGGCAGGCCCAGGAGCAACUGUGGGAACAAUCUAGGGGGGCAAUUGCACACAGCCAAGGGAGAUGAAACAAGGGUGGCCUUCCAGAAAGGAUGGAUGGAGAUGAAGCAAGGGUUUGCACUCAGUGCACAUCAACAACAAUAAUGAUGGGUAUUUGUAUACCACUUUUCAACAAAAGUUUCCAAAGCUGUUUACAUGGAGAAAUAAAAAUAAAGUACACAUGUGUACUAACAGGUCUGAGAGCCCACCCACCCCCCUUAGGGAAUGUCCAAAACCUUUUGCAGCACCCCCACAAGAUAACAAGUUAUUGCACACAGUCCCAUUUAGACCUUGUUAUGCCUCUGUAUAAUGUUCAGACUAGAAACUACACCGAGAGGUUCCAUCAAGGAAAUAAGGAGGGGGCACUAAUAGUGAAAAAAUGUGCUCUUCAUGAUUCAAUUAUAUAGCUUAUAUCAGAGGUAGCUUGACAUCAUAGCCUGUAGGAAACUCCAAUAUGCUUUUUCCUGUUCUUGGGUUUCCCAUAUUUGUUCCUGUUCUUGUGAUUUCUGCAUUUCCCAUUUCAUUGUGGGAAGGUUCUUGUCAAAAUUCCUCCCCAGAUUGCCCUCAGGAUAUAUAAUUUUUUAAUGCAAUUUGGAGUGAAAGCAACUUUCAACAACUCAGUACUUCAUUACAUGUUAGGGGGGAAAUAUUAAAGAAAAGUGUAUAAUCUAUAUGUGCCUUGUUUUUUAAAAAAAUAAAUGCCAUUUAUCUUUCCA